AAAGAGAGAAGAUGAUAGAUAGCAAAAGAUAAGAUUUUUACAGAUUCUUCUCGAUCAAAGUCAAAACACUCUAGUCAGCAAUGUGGAGCGUCACCGGAGCUUUGUGCGUGGCGGUGCCUACCGCCGCCGCAUUCCGUCCAAAACCCUUUCUCGUCUCCUCUAACCUUCUCCCCAACCAGACGAAGAAGCUCCAUCUCUCUCCUCGGCAGCCUCCGGCUCUAUCAUCACAUUUCUCCUCGUCUUCUUUCAAAACCGCCGCUACUUCCGUUCAACAACAGUCAGAUGAUAAAAAGGGGGAGAAGGGCACUAAGUACUACUUCCUUGUUGCAAACGCUAAGUUCAUGCUCGACGAGGAGGAGCACUUUCAGGAGCAACUGUUUGAACGUCUUAGAUACUACGGAGAGCGUGACAAGGAACAAGACUUCUGGCUCGUCAUUGAGCCUAGGUUCCUCGACAAGUUCCCCAACAUCACUCAGAGACUCCGUCGCCCUGCUGUUGCUCUUGUUUCCACCAAUGGCCCCUGGAUCACGUUUAUGAAGUUGAGAUUGGAUCGAGUUCUAGCUGAAUCAUUUGAAGCUUCAUCUCUGGAUGAAGCCUUGGCCUCUAGUCCUACAACUCUAGAGUUCGACCAGCCUGGAAACUGGGUGGCUCCGUACCCAAAGUAUGAACCUGGAUGGUGGGACACCUUCUUGCCCAAAGCAAAACAAGAAUCUCUAGCAUAGAACUUUGUCCACCUUUGUCUUAGUGCUUUGUAGUUUGUAUUACUGAGCUUCUUGUGUUAUCCAAAUAUGAUUGCAACUCAACUGAGUCUACUGACAAGAACUGAUGAAGGCCUAUUUCUACUUGGUGUGUGUUUCUGAUCAAUCAAGGGUUCUGAGUUCUGCGUCUU